AUAUACUAUUUGUGAUCGAUUUUUUAUAUAUAGCUCUUUUGAUUACAAGCGUACAAUUUUGUACGGAAAAAAUUCAAAAAGUUUAGUUUAGUUAGUAUUGGAUACCGAAAAAAUGAACCGUUUUUAAAAUCAGGGUCUCAUCUAUACUCAGCAUAUUUAUUUGGAUUUUUUGCUGAUUUAAAUUAUUUGAAAUUUUUUUAAAAAAAUAUUACGUUGAAUCUAUUGAAAAUGAUACAAACAUGCAUACGUAGAAACUAACACCAUAAUUUCAAUUCGACAACUAAAAAAUAUUCAAAGAAAUCAUUUCCAUGACGUCGUAAGAAUUCACCGUCUGUAUGUAAACCACAUGUAUUGGUAUACAGCCACUUGAACAGUCUCGUUCAAAAUAUAGCAUUAGUGUAUGUGUGCGACAAAAGCCGGUGCAGAGAAUGUUCAGACGAAAAAUUCUGCCAAAUAAUGUGCAUAUCAAUGCGAAGAGAAUGUAAACAAGAGAGAAUCGAUGUAUGGAGAAGGAGAGAAAAACACAAGUUUGAUAUUGAUCGUAUGUUAUGGCUCGUAUCACCAUUCGUAUAUUUAUUUCUCUUCCGUAUUGAAGCCGGUAUGUGAUUGCUCUGCUAAAAAGAGCAAAUUUAUUCAACAGAGAGAGAAGACUUCGACUGCAGUGCUCUGUAAUGCUUGCAAUUAAAUGGAAGGGAACCUUGUAUUUGUUGCUAUCAAUUCAAAACUGCAUACGAACAAAACAAUGAUUUUGUAUGCAGUAAUAACAUGACACUGCGGUUAUUGUUACUAAUUUGUGCUGUGUCACCGUUUGCGAACGGUUACAACAUUUUAUUUUUAACUCCUUUCAAUGGGAAGAGUCAUUGGAUUCUGAUGGAAACAAUUAUUGAGGCGUUGUUGAAUCGACAUCAUGAGGUGACCACAAUCACUAAUUUCAAAUGGAAUGGUCCCAAACCAGCAAACUACACCGAAAUUUUGAUUGAUCCACCUUUGGACUUUGAGUCAUACAAAUCACAAGAGGAGGUAAUUAAAACAGCCGAGAAAUCACCAUUUGUUACUUUAUCCGAAUAUGGUGAAUUUUGCAGUAUGUCAGCCGAUUACGCAUUAUCUAGUGACAACGUUCAUGAAACGAAUCAUCUUCCUCGACAAACAGAAGUGACAAAGAAAUACUUUGCCGACUUGGAGCCAUUACCAACCCUUGAUGAUUUGCUACAACGAAACUCUGCGCGAUCUUCCACCGAAUAUAUAUUAUUAUUAUUAUCAUUCGUUCCUGGCUCCCACAAAAUUCUUGCUCAUAAAAAUGUGAUUUUGUUCAUUUCUCAUGGCGGCGUUUUUGGAUCAGUUGAAUCAAUUUGGAAUGGUGUUCCAUCAUUGAUAACCGCCUUCUUCGGAGAUUAAUAUAGAAAUGCCAUGCGCGAGUAUGUCCGGAUAUGCGAAAUAUAUUCCGUUUUUCGAUAUUACAAAUCAAACAUUGAUGGAUUCUCUUCAAGAGGUGAUUCAGAACAAGUCUUAUUUACACAGAGCCUUGGAAGUGUAAUCCGUUUUCAAAGUCAACUUAGUUCCACCGAUGCAAGAGGCAAUAUUUUGGAUUAAAUACGCUUGCCAAUUUGCUGGUGUGGCUCAUCUGAAAUCACAUGCAACGAAUAUGUCUUGGUUUUUGUAUUUAUCGCUCGAUAUUCUUGGUGAGUUUUCAGUAUUUGUUGUAUGUGUUCUCCUUUUACUCCAGUUGAUGCUUCGCAGGUGCUGUCGUCGAAAUGUUGUGGAGAAGAAAUCGGAGUGAAAUUUUGAUAAUUUUCAAAUGUAUUGAAAUGUAAUAAAAAAAAUUGGCUAUGAA